AUGCGUCAAAAGAGAGCUAAAGCCUACAAAAAGCAAAUGCUAGUUUAUAGCCACGCUUUCAAAUUUAGAGAACCGUACCAAAUUUUAAUUGAUAAUGAAAUCAUAUUAGACACUUGUCAAACAUCCUUUGACUUAAUAAAAGGUUUAAAAAAAACUUUAAAUGCCGAAAAAAUUAAGCCAAUGAUUACACAAUGUUGUAUCCAAGCAUUGUAUGAAGCAGCUGAUCAGACAGUUAUUGAUAAAGCCAAAAGUUUUGAAAGACGUCGUUGUAAUCACUCCAUUAAGGCUCCAGAAAGUCCUAAAGAUUGUAUACUCAGUGUUGUUAAUGUAGAUAACAAAAAUAAGCACAGAUAUGUUGUAUGCUCCCAAAAUGUCGAGUUAAGAAGAAAAUUGAGAAAGAUUCCUGGGGUUCCUAUUAUUCAUAUGAAUAGGAGUGUUAUGGUCAUGGAACCAUUAAGUGAUGCUAGUAAUAGGUUCAAUGUUCAGCAAGAAGAAAAAAAAUUGACUUCUGGCUUAAAUGAUUCUAAAAAUGCUGGACUAAACUUUCAAAGCGAUCAUAAUAACAUCGAUGAUAAAGAAAACAUUUUGAAGAGGAAAAGAAAUGGACGUAAAGGUCCAAAUCCAUUAAGCGUUAAAAAAAAACAAAAAAAGGCUAUUUCGAAUGACAUAACUACUGAAAAUAAAGAUAAAGUUAUAGAAACCAUUCCAAAGGAAAGCGAGAGUUCUACAAAUGAAAAUACAACUGAUGAACCCGUAAAGAAAAAGAGAAAGAGAAAACACCAUAAAAAGAGAAAUAACAUUGCGGAUACAGAGGCAAAAAGCAUCAACACUGUUUUGUCUAAUUCCACCACUUUGGAUGAUGAAAAUGGUGUCAGUCCCAAUGUUACUGAGAACGAUAAAAAAGAAAGGAGUUGA